AUGGACUCCAAAGUCGGCUGUCAGGUCAACAUGUCAUCAGAACCCAUAGUAAGUACUGUAGAUUUCUUGAAGGGAGGGGAACCUAUUUGGCAGAAAAUGGUAUUUGGGGUGUGCAAGACAACUCAUUUUGAUAGUAACUCAGUAGCAAAACUGACAGAUGCUGACACAGAAUGCCAAGUACGGUCUGCCAUAUCAUUAGGCAGGAUGAGGCACCAGUUUCAAGUUUCGGUUGAAGAUGAGAGAGCUGUGUGUCCUAUGUAAAAAGGUAAAGGUGAAAGGUAAAGGACCCCUGAAUGGUUAAGUCCAGUCAAAGACGACUAUGGGGUUGCGGUGCUCAUCUCACUUUCAGGCCAAGGGUGCCGGCGUUUGUCCAAAAACAGCUUUCCGGGUCAUGUGGCCAGCAUGACUAAACCACUUCUGGCGCAACAGAACACCGUGGCAGAUGCCACAGCGCACAGAAACGUUGAUUACCUUCCUGUCACAGCAGUACCUAUUUAUCUACUUGCACUGGUAUGCUUUCAAAUUGCUAGGUUGGCAGAAGCUGGGACAGAGCAACAGGAGCUCACUCCAUCACAGGGAUUUGAACUGCCAACCUUCCGAUCGGCAAGCCCAAGAGACUCAGUGGUUUAGAUCAUAGCGCCACUGGUGUCCUAUGUAGCCUGGUCUGCACCCUCUUAAACUAGCUUGCUUCCCUGAGGAGAAAGCUCGAUGGUUGGGCACAUUUUUGCAUGCAAAAAGUUCUGGGGUCAAUUCCCUGGUAUCCCCAGAUAGGGCUGGGGGAAAAUCCGGCCUGAAAACCUGAAAAGCCACUGCUAGUCUCAGUCUCCAAGACUGCAAAAGGAGCUCUGAUGUAUCCUAUGGCCCCUUGGGCAUGAUCCCAUGGGCCGUAGAAUUGCAGCUAAAAUUACUCACCAAUUAUCCCAAAAUAUUAAGUUUUAAUUAUGUGCAAGGCACAAUCCUGCAAAUCCUACCAUUCUAAGGUAGGCACAGAAAUUAAAACAAUGAUUUCUGCAUUCUCUAGACCUGUUACUUGAUUCGUGUUUCAAGAAAUGGUUCCUUUUUUUAGUAUUAAAAUAUAACCUUCCUCACGAAAAGCCUUUACUUGAAAUAAGAAGCUCCCACGGCUGUCCUGCUUAAACUGUGUUGCAGCUCACUGUCUCAGAAAGUGCCAUGUGGAUGGGAAUCUGUGGGUGGAGAGAGUAAUGGUCUGACCUUUCCCAGCUAAGCCCCUGUCUCUCUUUCCCAGGCCCUCAGGUUUAUACCCAGAGUGCCUAAGGACAGGAAGCAAAUGAUCCUCAUCUCUGUCAUCCUGGUGCUUCUGGCCAUUAUCAUUAUUGGAGCGAUUCUCAUUGGCGUUUACAUGACGCAGCAACACACCGAAAAGGUGAGUAGAAGACUGAAAAGAAAGCUAGUGUCAUUCAAAAGAGUAAGGCUGAUCAUUGGCCAUCAGCAGCUAAGCUACUGAUCAUCAUUUGAAAUUCCUCACAGUGUCCAAGGGAGAAUCACUCUGACAGAUUAUAGGAAAUUUAAACAUUGGCUUGCAGACCAGCCACUCAUUCCAUUGGGUGAGGUGCAGGGCCAGUGUUGGUGCUGAUGAACCCUGCCAGUCUGAUUUUGGAUGAGCAGGAGGUCAUGAAGUCAAAUGACUUUUGUUUAUUGUAUUUGAGAUUCAGAGGUAUACGCCUCUCAAUAUGAGCUUUCCAUUUGGGAUGUCAUCAUAUUACCAUUUCAUAAAGUGUUUUGGAGUGUUCAAAGUGUCUCACAUACACUGGGUUGUAUCCAGUGCUGAUCCCACUCCAAGUAGAUCCCUUGAAAUUAAUGAACAUGACUAACUUAGGUUCAUUAAUGUCAAUGGAUCCAAUCUGAAAAGAAAUUAGCAGGAUACAACCCAUUAUCUCUGCAAUCCUUAGACCAAGGGUGAGGAACCUGUGACUCUCCAGAUGUUGUUGGAUUCCAGCUCCCAUCAGCCCCAGUCAUCAUAGCCAAGGGUCAAGGCUGAUGGGAAAUGUAAUCCAACAGCAUGUGGAGGGACACAGGUUCCCUAUUCCCUGGUCUGUUGGGUUAUUUGGGACUUGGUUUAGUUUAGGAUUUAAGUGCACAAAUUGCCAGAUCCCAGCCCAAAGUUCUAAAUCCCAGGUCCUCCAACUAAAAGAUCUCUAGCAGCAUAAGUGGAGAAAACCUUUGCCCAUGCACAUAGGGACACAGUGGAAGGAAUAGCAUUAUUCCUCCCUCCACAAGUUGUUUGAAGAUGGAAAUAGUUACACCAGAAUCAAGUCUCUCUAUAAUAAAUACGCUUACAUCAUUGUUAAGGCAUUUAAUUGGACCUCAGUAAUGUACACAGAAACAGGAGGGAUUAUGGGAACAGACAACUUCCCUUCUCUACGAUUGCCAAUUCGGCAUUUAUUUAGAGAUUAAAAUUUAAUCCAUCACUGCUACACACAUAUUAAUCAUCUGAAAAGUGCUUGUGUGUUUAUUAAAUGCAUGAGGCAGGGAGCAGGAUCACACCCUCUUGCCAUGUCUCCUUUAUUUUGAUAUGACUCUAAAGCACCAGCUAAAAUGCUUCAGAUUUGUGCUUCAGGAUCACCCAUGCAAAAUACCAGGAACACAGAAAAUGCAUUUCCCUGUUGAAACUUGUCUCCUCUGUAGAUAAUUAAAAUCACUAGUAGUACAGGAAAUGGCGAAGUGGUUGAGCAAACUAUGAUGGUGAACAACCAGGAAAGUGUUGCUGCCUUUCAUAUCCAGAGCAAUACGACCUCAGCAACUGUUGUCUACGACUAUAAACACGUAAGUGUCAAAUAUAUUCUAGGUGGACAUCAAAACGUUCUAAGACAUUUUACCAUCUCAGGUGGUUGAACUGAAUAGUCUUAGAGUUCUGUCCCUACAGGAUCUUCUGCAACAUUACACUGAAACCCAUGGUGCCUUGGUUUAGCAGUAUGUAGAUGAGCUUCUAUGAGUCCAAACAAAGCCUUGAGCUCAUGUGCUGCCUCCUCCAUUUUCCUCCUCCCAGGAGGACGACUUCUGCUGAGUUUAGUUUUGCUUUCAAAGAAUUGUGGCUUGGUGUUAAUUUAGAGUUGCCAUAUUUCUAGAACUAAAAUUCAGUUAUUUUUUGAUGGAAACUCAAAGUUGUUGAGCUAUAAAUCCAGGACAUUUUGCUGAUUAUCCAAAAUUUUUCCCUGGACACAUGUCCAGGAAAUUCUGUACAUAUGGCAACCUUACAUUAAUUACAAACUGGAGGUUGCAGUUUACAAUAAGACUGGGACGUAGCGUGGAUUGCCAGUGCCCCGGGCUCUCCCUAAUCCAGAGCUUUCCAAACUUUUCACGUUGGUGACAAACUUUUUAGACAUGCAUCAUUUCGGGACACAGUAAUUCAGUUUUACUAGCAAACCAGAGGUUAAACUAACCCCUUUCCAGCCCCAGGAGGAGAAUGGGGAGGGUUGCACAGUUUAGAAAGCUCUGCCCUAACCCAUGGUUCCUAUCAGGGCUGGGCAACGAUGGUGGUGGGGAAGGGUCUUCCCAGCAGGGAGAGGGGACAGGGUCAGCGGCUGUUUAUUUUAUUAUUAUGAUUUAUUAUUUAUUCCAUGUAAUUUUUACACUGCUUGAAACCACUUGAUUUUGUGUGUUUUUAAAAAACAACAAGGCACACCUCAAAGUGGUUUAUUUUUCUUUUGAAUUCUUAUGCCACCCCCAAAUUUUGUGCCCGGGACAACAGCCCCUCUGCCCCCCCCAUUCUACGUCACUGCAACAAGCAACAGACUUGCAUAACGGUAUUAUGAUAUUAGCAGUUUUUCUUUCCAAUCCAUUUCCUAAUAAUCUCUAGCAAGGAACUUGCCUCCCACCCCCUGUUUAAAGCACAGCACCAGCUGCACACUUGGAGGAGGGCAUUCCUUAAUUUAUCCCCCAAUCUUCUCUGCUUCCUGCUUUGUUCCUAGCGUCUGAUCGGCUUCCGAAUUCAGGACAGAAAACAAUGCUCAGUGGUGGCAAUGGAUUCAGUUGAUGUGCCCAGCCUACAUGAAAUCACCCAAGGAAUAGAGCACCUUGAUGAACAAGUAAGAAGAUAUGGGGUGUGGAGAAUCUCUCCCCAACACUUAUUAAAUAAUACUGCAGUUGAGAGAAUGUGGUAGCAGAGAGCACCAUUUUCCCAUUUUUUCUUUAUAUUUCAUGUAGAUUGUGCAGUGUACCAGAAACCUUAACUGACUGCUUCAGUAGGGCAGCUAGGAUUAGACCUUGAGGCAGAAGCCCAUACCCUCCAAAAAUUCUGCAGGUUCUCCUAUUCCAUAAUAAUAAUAAUAAUAAUAAUUUUAUUAUUUAUACCCCACCCAUCUGGCUGGAUUGCCCCAACCAUUCUGGGCAACUUCCAACAUAUAUAAAACUAUAAUAAAACAUUAAGCAUUAAAAAAAAAACCUUCCCUAUACAGGGUUGCCUUUAGAUGUCUCCUAAAGGUUGUAUAGUUACUUAUCUCCUUGGUUCAGGGAUGGCAUAACUCCAUACCCUCCAACAUUUCUCCAGUGAAAAUAGGGAUGUCCUAAGGAUAAAGCAAGGGACGCGGGUGGCACUGUGGGUUAAACCACAGAGCCUAGGACUUGCCAAUCAGCAGGUCAGAGGUUCGAAUCCCCGCAUGGGGUGAGCUCUCGUUGCUCGGUCCCUGCUCCUGCCCACCUAGCAGUUCGAAAGCACGUCAAAGUGCAAGUAGAUAAAUAGGUACCGCUGUGGCAGGAAGGUAAACGGCGUUUCCAUGCACUGCUCUGGUUCGCCAGAAGCAGCUUAGUCAUGCUGGCCACAUGACCUGGAAGAUGUACGCCGGCUCCCUCGGCCAAUAAAGUGAGAUGAGAGCCGCGACCCCAGAGUCGUCCGCGACUGGACCUAAUGGUCAGGGGUCCCUUUAUAUUUAAGGAUAAAGCAGGACAUUCUGGGAUCAGAACUGGGAUGGCGUCUGUAAAUCCAGGACUGUUUCUGGUAAAUAGGGACAUUUGGAGGGUCUGGAAGCCCAGAGAGUGGCAGAUAAUGGGGGCAGCAGCAAACAGGCCUCCCAUUAUCAGCUGUCCUCCUGGCACUGUUCACUAGAGCAUCCUUCCUUUCUUCUUAUUUUAAAAAGCACUGUAUUGUCGGAAAAUGACCUGGUAGGCAUGGACAUAAUUGCAGAUGCCCAUUUUCUUAUGGUUACCUAGAUAGAUAGAUAGAUAGAUGAUAGAUAGAUAGAUAGAUAGAUAGAUAGAGAGAUAGAUAGAUAGAUAGAUAUAGUCGUUUACUACAAUGAAACGUUCCUAAAUGUGCCUUUAAGCAUCAGGCCAGGAGAAGCGAACCCCAUUUUAUUCCUGUGCUCUUGCUAGUGCUAUAAUUUAACUGAGUUGAAAUUAUGAAACUGCAGAUGCUCAAAGUAUUGUACUAAAAAACAACAACCUCAGAUUUGUUUGUGGGUUUUUUUGCACUAACAUUUUAGGAAUGUAGAAGAGGUUGUAAAGCUGGAAUAGCAGGCAUUGGAUGGGGGGAGGAGAAGAGAAAUGUUGAUUGUAUGCUUCGCAAAAUAAAUGACUGUCUAAACCGCAGGUGGGAGGAUAAGACCACUAAAUACAAGGUCUAAAAUUAGCUGCACCACUGUGAGCAUUCCUCAAAACCAAGGAACCAGAGCAUUGACACCUUGACAUCUAAGUGAAAAUCUGCACUACCCAUAUACUAAAUUUCACCUUGUUUCCUACAAGGGCUCAGGAGAUGACCACGUGUCCUACAGCUUCAAGCAAGGAGAACUGGCAGAUCGCACAACUCUAGGAACCACAGUGAAUAUCCUCUGCAGUGAUGUCCCUGUGUACUGGGCUGAGGUAAAAUACUGCAGGGGUUUUUUUGGAUCAUACAUUCACUGAAAAGAUUAUAGUGCCAUUCCCCCAGUAAGUAAGAAAAGACAAAGUCACAUGAACCCAAGUGACAAUGUAAUAGUAUCAAAAGUAAGGAUUAUUUCAGUAUGGACAACUAUACAUGUAAGCAUAUGUAGGCAUAUGUGUAUAAAAUAUUAUCAUUAAUUUGUUAAUUUAUUUUUAAUUAUAUGUGAACAGGUAAGAAGAAAUGGGAUGUGUGGGAAAAUAAAUUAGGCUAAAAUAAAGAAUUAAAUAACUAAGUUUUUUGGCCUUUUCUGACACCCCAAACCUCUCUCUAACUGAUGGUAGGGCUGACUCUCCCCUGACCCCAUAGGAGAGGCCUAUAGGCACCUUCUCCUGCUUUUGGGUUUCCAAGAAGCAUCUAGUUGGCUACUGUAAAAAACAACAACAACAGGAUAAUGGGCAGGCAAACUGAUGCCCUCCAGAUAUUCUGGAGUAUAACUCCCAUACACCUUAGCCAGUACAGCCUACAAUUGGGAUGUUGGGAGUUGUAGUCCAUAAUAUCUUGACUACUCGCCUAACCCCUGGACUAGAUGGAGAAAUAGACUGAUUGUUAAACGACUCAGGAAAUUGUAGCUCAAUGAAGGGACUAAGGGUCUCCUAACAACUCUCAGCACCCCUAACCAACUACAGUUCCCAUAAAUCAUUUGGGAAAGCCAUGAGUAUUUAAGGUGGUAUAUUACUGCUUUAAAUGUAUGGCGCAUUUAGGGGUGUGUACACAAUCCACUCAAAGGAUAAGAAGCAUGCAUUCAUUGACUAUAUGCAACUUCAGUAGGCCCACCCACCCACAUGAAAUUUCACUUGACUGCCCUGGCUCCUCUUUGCCAUGGCUUUGUGUAUCAAGUGCUACCUUAAUGUUACAUUUCAUCUGUAGAUGGCAUUUUCCCUAUUAAUGAGAAAUGGGAGUCAACUCCUCACUCCAGUAAAUUCUUCUUCUUCUUUUCCAGAACAACCACAAAGCACAAAGAAGUGGAUUGCCGUGUGGAGGGCUUCUGAUUAUUAAACUCUGUUUAACACUGUUACUGUGA